UUUCAUCAAUCAAACACAACGUAAUCAAUCAAACCAGCCGGUGUGCACGCCAACGAUGGAGUCUUCUCCGCCACUGCACAAAAGAUUACGGCGGUCGUCGGAGUCGAACGGCGAGCGGCGGCCGCCGCGCGGCGAGCUGCUCGUCGACGAGAUCCUCACGCGCCUCCCCAUCGCCGCCGCCGUCCGCUUCCGUGCCGUCUGCCGGCAGUGGAACGCCGCGCUCACCUCCGACCACUUCAUCCUCGCGCACCGCGCCAGAGCCGCGGCGGCGCGCCACCGCCACCCCGAGCUGCUCUUCUUCGCGCCGGGCGCCGCCUUCGCAGGAGGGCGCGCCACCUCCUUCUACGCCUGCUCGCUCCGCGACGGAGACUGCGAGGCGCCGCCGCCGCCGGCCGCCGCCCGCGAGCUCCUCACCGUCGCCGGCAUCACCGCCGCCCACGCCGUGCUGUCGCCGACGCCGUGCAGAGGCCUCACGCUCAUCUUCGACACGUACAGGUCGGAGUACUAUCUCUUCAACCUCUCCACCGGCGACCACGUCGCGCUGCCGCCAUGCCAGCCGGCCGCGGCGGCGAACUUAGACUCGACGCUGACGUUGCCCACCAUGAACCCCACGUCUUAUCCCCCGGCGUGGCCGGCGCCAUGGAUCGAGCUCUCCACCACCGGGCUCGGCUACGACACGGCGACCGGGGAGCACAAGGUGGUGAGGCUCUUCAAGAGACGCGACGGUGGGGAGUACAGCUGCGAGGUGUACACCCAGGGCGCCGGCGGGUGGCGCCGCGGCGUCGGGCGAGUGCCGCCGUGCGCGGCCAACCUCCUCCCGGCGCUGCCGCCGGUGUUCGUCGACGGCUACCUCUACUGGCUGCUCCGGCCGGCCGGCCCCGGCGAGGAGCCGAUCCACCGCGUCCUGUCCUUCUCCAUAGGCGGCGAGCAGUUCGGGUGGGUGUACGUGCCGCCGCGGCUGUCCUCCCGCAUCUGCCACCUCGCCGACCUCGACGGCUCGCUGUGCGCCGUCUACGACAACCGCCUCUUCGGCCGCGUCUACGGGCUCUUCACGUGGAGCGGCCGGUCGUCGUCGCCGUCGCCGUCGUGGUCGGUGCGGUGCUCCAUCAACCUGCAGAUCCUGCCGGAGCAGGUGAGCGAGGAGCUCGCCGGUGAGCGCGUGAUCGUGCCGCUGUGCAGCGCGGGAGGCGCCGGCAGCAGCAAGAUCAUGCUCGCCACGGGGGGGCACAAGGUGUUCGUCUACGACGUCGAGCGCAACGCCGUGGAGCGCGUGUUCCGGAUGCAAGACAUGGUCGCCGUCCCGCGCGGCUACCUCCAGGCUCCCCUGCUACUCAGCGUCGGCCUCCACGACGAGCGCAUCGCCGACGUCGUCCACCGCCGUGCCGGCGCCGGCGACGGCGAGAGAAGGCUGAAGGUGAAGCUUGGACGCCGCCGCGAUAGCACGCUCGUCAAAGCGAGCGGAGGCGUUCUUUGA